UGGCGCAGGUUCAACUUUUUUGACAAGGAAAUCCUCAAAGACCCCGGAACAAACCAACCAUUCUCGGCGCUAAAGGUAUGGCGAUGUUAUAUUGCUCACGUUUUUGCAGUAGGUUAUGGAGAGGCCAGUAUCUCAGUGAUAAUGAUUAUAUUCUAAGAAUGAAUAUGCAUGCAUGAAUACAAUGGAUCGCACACAUAUCAUCCUAUCCAAUUUUCAAGACAGUCAAGAGAACAGCCAUUUUUUAAAAUGGAUUUCCUGUAUUAUUAUUAUUAUUAUUAUUAUUAUUAUUAUUAUUAAUUAUUGGUAGUAAUUUUAUUGUUAUUAUUUUUCUUAUUCUUAUUAUUAUACAGAUCAAAUUAAAUUUUUUAAACACCUAAGAAUAAAGAUAAGUGAAACUUUUUCACUUAUCUUUCUUCUUAAUGAUUAAUAUUACAAAUGAUAAAAAAAAAUUGAUAACCGUAUCAAUCCCCCAUGCGGGAUAUAUAAGAUUCAGAAGUAUGAUCAGUGGUCUUUGUUAUAAUAGUGGCUAGUGUUAAUAAUCCUUGAAAUGUUUAAAUUAGAUAAGGCAGUUUUAAAUGACUGGGUUGAGGAUGCACAAUGCAAAGUUAGUGGUAAAGAGUUCCAUUGAGGAAUUGUGCAUUGAAAAAAGGAAGAUCGGUAACUGUUGGUAUUGGAUUGUAGUCAAAGAUACGACAGAUCAGAAGUAUGACUUGAUUGGCGACCACUUGGCAGGAGGUGUGAAGUGCAAGGAGAUAUCAACAAGAACGUGAACAAUUUUGUACAUAAGCACCAGGCGGCCUAUUGCCCUGCACUCCUCAAGCGACUGCCAACUGAUGUCACUAAUCAUGAUCGUCAUUCUUGACUCUAUGGUAGUCUCCACUAACAAAGCCAGCUGCUUGUUGUACCUUCUCAAGUGAUAAGAUUAUUGAGCAGUGAUCAUGAAUUAAGCUUAUAAAUGAAUGACAGCAACAGCAAGAAUUUUUAUUGACCCCUUAUACUUAAGAAAAAUUAAAUUUUCAUGAAAUAAAAUACAUAAUAAAAUGAAUAAAUUAAAUUAAAUUAAAUAUCUGAAUGGAAGAUGAAACAAAAGUGCAGAUACAUGUGAUUCAGUUCUUUCAGUUUUGCUUUCAACAGGUGGAAUUGAACUGUGACUCCAUCCUCAGAAUGCAUGCAUCUUUUAUAACAUCGCCAUGACUCAUGGUGUUGCAGAGUUCGUGUAAUUUGAAUUAAGCUGUUUCAUUUUGUUUUUUUUCAUCUGAUCUUGUGAACAGGAUGUUGACAUCACAUCUUGUACAAGUGGAAGAGGGCAGUUAGUUAUCGGAGGUAAUGUCAUUUUUAAUAUUUUGGCUAUGCCUGUAGAGUAUUUUAUUUCCCAAAACCCUUUCUGAUCCUUCUUGACCUUGUAGCUCCAUAUAGGCUGUUUAUCAUGAACUAAGAGUUUGCAGAAAAUGCAAAUAAUAGAAAGUCAAUAGAACAGUCAUUUAUUAUUAGUGACAUGUUAAGAGGAGGCAGAGAUGUUUCAACAGAAUUCUUUCCUGCAGUUUUAGAGCAUUUGAACUGAAAACUGUUGUUAUAAUAUUAUGUGUUUCUACAAUUAUUAAUAUUAUUGUUAAUUAUUUAGCGAAAAUCACAUGACCAAACAGGUUGCUUGAAAUGGUCAUCUGAGUUAUUAAAAAAUUUAGGUGCAAACAAUUAGUGGUUUUUCAGGGUGGUAACAGUUUAGUGAUUUUGAUCCUCAGUGGAAAUUUUAUGACACAGUUUUAAGCUCCAGUUGUUCAAAUUUUGGAUACUGCUAUGCACCAGAUAAACCCGAAGUCUGUCUAGCAGAUAAUUAUCAUGGAAACCAUUCCAUUAUCCGCCUUUAAAACAACUGGGUCCAACUCUUAAGAACCAUGAAUGUUCUAAAGCCCCCUCUUUUACCAAUCUGACCUCACAGCUCAGUUGGCAGGGCAAGCAUGGUUGUUCUAAUCUGUAGGUUGUGGGUGCAGUUCUAAUCAGGGUGCAAAGGAAAUCAGUAGCCCAAGAGUCAUUUAAAGGAGUCAGAAAAACUUUUUUGAUAAGCAGUGAUUGAUAAUCAAUUUAUUAUUAUUUAUUAACUAAUUACUGGUUCAGUGGUCAGAUCUUUAUCUGAUCAGCUUGAAAAACAGCUUUCGAAACUUCUGCAAUUUGGAUUCCUCCUUGAUUCCUUUAACUAAGGUCAUUGUACAUGUUCAGUGGGAAUUUCAUGGUACUUUAAAUUUUACCUCAGAGCUACUUCUAUGUUCCGUCAUAAAUUUUCUAGUCCAAUAUUUUAGAAGUUUAAAAUGUUAUGAUAAAAAAUGUAUUUUUUGUCUUGAAUUUUUCAUAGAUUCAGCUGGCUUUGUACACUUUUUGGGUCGUGAUUUAACCAUCACAUCCUUCCAGGCCUAUGAAAUCCGUGUGUCCCAUUUUUAUCAAUUAAAACAGCAAAACUUUUUGUUCACAGUUGGGGUAAGUUUUUUAACUUAUGUAAGCAUUUGACACCUGUGUAUUAAAAGCAACUAAGUCUUUUUCAAUUUUGACAAAGUUCAUAAGAGCAAGUGACAGACAGGCACUAACCUACUGCUUGGCAACUACCUUACACACACACACACACACACAGCUAUAUCAACUGAACAGCGGCAGCCAUGGACAGCUGUUUUACCCUUCAUUUUCAAGCAAACUUCAAAGUGAGAUAUCCUGCACAUACCUGCACCUGUACACCAACAACGAAAUACACAUCUUCACCCCCCCAAAACAACAACAACAACAAUAUUUGUACAGUAGAGUAUUUAUAAUACAUGAACAGAUGUAGUGAUGACAAAAUUACAAAUUUCUGGUAUCACCUUAUGGGCAACAGCUUUGUAUCAAUUCAUAUAUUAAUGUUAAUCCAUCUAAAUCUUGAUUCAGGAAGAUGAAGUUGAUGGAGUUGAUCCUAUAAUUCGAGUUUGGAAUUUGGACAAGGUACAAAUUGCUGUGUUUUUCUUUGAUGCAUGUAAUAUGCUUUUGAAAAGCUUACAAGAGAAGUUGUGUCAUGUGAAUCAAACUUGCAACACAUGCACGCAAAUAACAUGUUUCAACCCAUGCCUUGGAUUUAUUGUAGGACUGUCAUGAAUUAAGGGCUGGGGGCUAGUUAUGAAUGUGACCCCCCCCCCCCCCGCUCCUUUCAUAGGAAAAUACAUAGCAAUUUUAUUCCCCCCCUCCCCCUGUUCCUGUUUUUUUACCCACCAUCUUUAAAUCUUAAAAAAAGCUCUGUUCCGUAAGCGACAAGGCUGACAUAAAUGUGUUACCUCUGUUUUUUUGCGUAAAUGUACCUCAAGUAAUAAAAGAAAUUUUUAGUUAAUAAUUCAACUUGCAAAACAUUACCAGAAAUAAUUUUUUUCAGCCCAGGGCUUGAAGUUUUUGAAGGUCUGUCAAAAAUUAAGGGCGGGGGGCUAGUUAUAAAAUUUGCCCCCCCCCCCCCCAGCUACUUUCAUAGGAACAUACAUAGCAAUUUGAUUCCCCGCCUACAGCUGUACCUGUUUAUGUACCCAGCAUCUUGAAAUCUUAGAAACAGCUCUGUAUCGUAAGCGCAUAGCAUGCAAUGAAGUUGUACACUCUGUUGUAUCGCGUAAAUUGACCUCAAGAUAAAUAUUGAAGUACACAGUUGUAAUUUCGUGUAAUUGAAUGGUAAUAUCAUCACUUUAUAUUCAGAUUGAUAAGUAUGGCAAUCCUGUUUGUUGCUGCAUGCAGCGUCUUAUUCCAGGAAACAAGCCAGUUCCGGUAUGUGGUCUUCUAGCCCUUUAACCCUUCAAGUCCCAAUAGUGACAAAGAUCAAUUUUCUCUUAACAAUAUCCAUACACUGUCAAGAGAUAAGUUAUGAGAAUUAAUAAAAUGAUCAUCCAAGAGAAAAUGCCUUGAUCUAUUAUCAAAUUCUCACAGCUGAUUGUUUAAGGAAAUGUAUGGAGAGCAGUUUGGAGAAUUUCUAUGUGGAUACCGGGGCUUAAAGGGUUAAUUGUGCAGAUAUUCUUUUGGUUCAUCAUGUCACAUGCCCAUGCCUAAAACAGUGAUUUUGUUGCAAAUAGUUAUGGUGUGUCUUGGGACUCAUCUUGUGAAAAAUCAUGAGUCCCUGGCUGUCUAUAACCAAUGAGUCUCAAUUGAAAAAAAAGGAAGCCUACAUUGAAAAUGCUUGGGCCUUUAUGUAACCAGACAGUUAAUCUGGGAACAAACGCCAAAGCUCUUUAUACAGUUUGAGAUACAAGGUGACGACAUAUUGUGGAUCAGUAAUGCUGAUCCUGUUGUGUGUUUGUUUCAAAAUAAAGUGAUGUUUCUGCUAAAGAUUAUUCUAAUUUAUGACAAACUUCUUUGGAUGCUACCCUGAGGGUGGCAGCUUAAUGAAGGUUCAACUGUAGUGAGAUCCAAGGGUUUCCUAAUCUUAAGGGGAGCUUGCAUCAAUUAAAUUGAUAAUAUUUACCUCAGGUGUCCUGUCUUGCUGUUAUGGAGAAUCUCACUCAGAUGGCUGUAGGAUUUGCAGAUGGCACCGUUCUUGUUUACAAAGGAGACAUCACAAGAGACAGGUUAUAAAGCUUCUAAAUCGGAGACAAAAUUAGAUAAGAUGCUCUGCCCUGAAGGCAAUGAAUUUCAAAUUUCCCGCCAUUUUGUUACUAUUUUUAGAAACAUUAGUGAUCUUUAGAAUGUCAUUUCUUUGCAACUAAAUGAGGUUUUCAAAUUUUAGUUUUUCACAUUUCAGUUCACCUCUGAGUACUCUUUCAAAGUUGCUGACUUGUUAUGUCAAAAGUCAGUUUCUAUUUUCAUGCAAAGUUUUAGCUGAAACUGAUAAAAAUUGCAAAACUAGUCUGAAAGAGAGCACUUUUUGCUUGCAACUUAAUCCGGUGUGAAGGUUAUAAAGCUUCCCCCUCCCUACCCCUUCUCCUGCCCUCCAUGCAAUGUUGUGAUGCUGUUUGAGCUACUGGUAGAAAACAACAAACACCCCAACUUUGAAUGGAGAGGGGAGGGGCAGGGGUGUAGUUUUUUGUGUUCUCCGAACUUACCCCAUUAUUCUAAGGACAAUGUCUCAACAAUUUUGUCAUUGAUUCUUGCCCCUAUCAUUAUUUUUAUCAUUUCAGCUUUGGUUACUCAAACUAGUUUUCAAUAGUAGAGAAAAAAUUUAUCAUGUUGUUGUUUAUUAUUUUUUCAAUGGAUUUUUGUUUAGCCUUAACUAUUAUAGAAAGGAAAAAUUCACUUGUUAAAUGUGGGAGACUUAAAAUUUACUUACAAGGAUCAUGACUUUCAUUUAUAUGUAUUUAGUUUUUUGAUAGAAUUGUUGCUAUUUUGUUUAAUUCUAACAGUAGUAAUAUGUAAUUGCUUAUUUGUAACUUGACUUUGUUGUUUGAGAUAUUGCCCAUACUCCUGGGUAAUUAUACAGUUUAAUGUUACUCGAAUGGAAAAACCCUGAUAGAAUAAGUCUUGGUUGUAAAUGCCUAAAACUGCUUUACUUUUAUUGUUGAUUGUAGGCACACAAAACAGCGAAUAGUUCAUCAUGAUAAGCACGCUGUGACAGGUACAGUUUUAUUAUAAUUAAUUUUGUCCAUCUUUGAAUUUCAUAUGCCUUUUUUGUUUGUGAAAGAAGAUGUUCCUUGAAAAGCAACUUUAUCAUCCUUAGACUCAAAAGUUAAAAAUUGUCUCAUUUUAUGUCUCCAAAAUUGACUCUGGGGUUACAAAUCACAUUUUCUUGUCAUCUUUGCUCACAGUGACUUUUGCACAUUAAUUUUAAACUGUUAUGGAAUGAUAUUAUUGAGAACACACUAUUAUUAAUUUCAUUGGUAGAAAUUUAAUGUACUCAUUGCACUAUGCUACUAAUAAAGUUUGACUAAAUAUGCUUAUAGUCUGGAUUAUUUACAGUGGGUAACCUUAACCACAAGUAUGCUUAUAAUUCUAUCUGUUGUAGGACUUGCCUUCAAACAGACCAGUGACAGUGUAAUACUGUUUGUGGUGACAACAGAGGCUGUUUUAUCUUAUAACACUUCAGCAAAAGACAAGAGGGUAAGUGUCGACAAGGCUUCACCGUCAUGUACUCUACUUCACUCCAUAAUCACAAAAUAUACCAGAAAUACAUGUUUUCUUUUUGGAUAUGUGAAGUGUUCUUCAACAACAUCAACAACAACUUAUUCAAAAAUGUUUGAACUUAACAUAACAAUGCUUGAUACCAGUUAUUGGCUUAGAAGCUAGUUAAGAUGGACAAAAGAGAAGAGAAAAAUACAGAAAAAAUUUUGAUCAAUAAUUUUGGUAUUAUUUAUUGAUCAAAAGGUGACUUUAUAAUUAUACAUGGACCAAAAGAAGGCCACUUUUCAAAUAGUUUGCCUUUUUUUGUGCAGAUUGUCUCACUUUUUAGCUGAUUACCCUGGUGAACUACUGUUGAAUACAACCUGAGAGAUUAAUCAGAAUAUGCAAUGGCACCAGCCCUCUAAUUGGCUGCACACUGUAUAUUCUUUAUGGCAUUAAAUAAAUGCAUGAAAUUUUACCCUAUUACUUAAAGGGCUACAUGUCAUGAGGACAUUGCUGUUUUCAGUCAAUUAUUCUAAAGGUUAUUACUCAGUGCCUUUACCCUAACACAAAAUGCUCCCAUAGAGUUAUGAAGAAAUAUCAAACAAACUUCACCAGGGAACACCGAGUCUGGUGAUCAUUUUGUUAAUUCUCCUAACGAUUUCUCUUGAUUAUUUAUUGAUUCAGUAAGGAGAAAAUUGAUGGCAGACACUCUUAGGACUUUGAGAGAGGGUUAAGGGCAUUACUGAGUGCCUUUACACAUUCACAAAAUGUUCCUGUAGAGUUUGUUAUGAAGAAGAUGUCAAAGAAAUUUUAUCAGGGAGCACUCAGUAUAAUAAUUUUAACGGUGAUUUUUGCAGGCAUAACAUUAAAACUUGAAAAAGCUGACCCAACUUUUUCAAGUUUCUAUUCAUGUUCAUUCUUUUUAUCAGUAGCAACCGGUAACAGGAAACAGUUUCAAUGCAUAAAAUUAUAUAUGGUCUUAAGUAACAAAACUGGACCAUUAUUCAUGGAAGUCCGUUGUUCCGCAGACAAGUUUUAGCUUUUACUUAGCUUUUCAAAAACAUGCGAAUUCUGAAGUUUAGAAGCUAGCUGACAUUUGCAUUCUUUGCUGCCGUUAAUCAUCUUAGCGGACCUCUUAGGAAACAAAAGUUUUCUUCAAUGGGUGUAAAAGGUCAUGGUUUGUGAUUUUGAUCGGUGGAUUUUGAUGUGUUUUGUGUGUUUCUGUGUUUCAAGGUUCAUUGCUUGUGAUAAUAAUAAUUAUGCAGAUUGACGGCGGUGAAAAAACGCAAUUGUGAAGGUGGCUUUUGAACUUCAAGGUUCGCAUGUUUUUGAAAAGCCCAGUAAUCGAUGGCAAAUCAAUCGUUAAUGCUGGUUGUUCCAGUUUUAGGGUUAAUUUCAGUCCUAGUUUACCUCAAAUUUUCUUAUGUUUUCUGUUCUCAUCAACGUUUACUUUUUACUGCCAGGAAGUAUUAGAUGCUCACGGCUGUGAACUUAGAUGCUCUGUUAUGAGUGAUGCGUCACAGGAAAACCAGUUUAUUGUGGCUCGAAAAGAGGUAAGCCUUCUUCCGUCUUCUUCAGAACACUAUGAAAAUGAUAUGUGCGCAAAGAGUGCCAAGUACAUGCUGCAAACCCUUAACAUUAUUAAAAUUAAGCCUUUUGUAAAACAUUAUUUUUGCCCUUAAUCAUUAAGGUUCUUGAUUUCAUUGCAGGCACUUUACUUUUAUCAGGUUGAUGGACGGGGCCCUUGUUUAGCAUUUGAAGGUAUAUUUACAUUAUUAAUCUUGUAUUGAAAAAUGUAUUAUUGUUACAGAUAAUAGUAAUGUCACUGAGUCCUCUAUACUUAAUCAUAGUAUGAAAUGACACUGAGGUGCACUUUCAAAACUCUUUAAAACUGCACGUGAAAGUAGCAAGAAAAAGGCGUUUUAGAUUUUGGGUGUCCAGAGAAUUUUGGUGCUGGAAAAUGAAUAGAGACUGAUAUUAUGUCCUAUGAAGGGACAAUGAAAAAAGAACUCGAAUUUCUGGUGUCUUAGAAAAUGUACUUGUUUAUAAUUAUUUUUAUUUAAAAAAAAUAGCAAAGGUGAUUUUAGCCCAUUUUAGCAAGAUAGCAUACCUAUCCUUUUUAUGGGAGGAAUUGUUAUUAUUAAUAAUGUUUAUUAUGCCAGGAGAGAAGCAAAUGGUUACAUGGUGGCGUGGUUAUCUUGUCGUAGUAAGCCAAGAUAAUAAACAGCUUCAGAGACCAGCAGUAGGGUAAGUAAGCUAAGUAAAUUCUUUUAACUAAGGCAAAGAUGUCACAUUCAUCAUCUAAAUAAUCUUUACUUCAGGUAUUUUAAGUAUUUGAAUAGCAACCAGAGAGUUUAAACUGAGAGACUACAUUGUACAUGUACAACAGUAAUUUAACCCACAAGUAAGAACUUGCAUUUUCCUAAGUUAGCCUUAACAGGUUCUUGUAACAUAUAUUGGUAAUUAGCACAAGUUUAGGCUAUGCAUGGACUUAGAUAGGUUCUUGUUUCUGGAAGGAAAAUAAUACAUUGUUAUUGUAGCCAUAAGUAUUUAGUGGUAUUCAGCUUUUUCUUAUACGAAAUGUGCGUAGUAAAUUAGUAUUGCAGUUGGAGUGAUAAGGAACCCAUGCCUCUAAUCCCUAUGUUGGCUUAUCUUAUUUGCCCAAGUGUACAGAAUAAUUUGUUUUAUAGAUGUUUAGAAAAUAAGAACCUGUUUCAAAUUUUAGGCUAAAAAGGUUCUAACUGGCAAAUUUUAGGAUAAUAUAUUCUUAAAAACCAGGCUCUCACUCGAGGGUUUUCACUGUAUGUGACCCAAGCUUAUGUAACAAGGGGUUUAAUUUUAUUUAUUAACUAUGUGGCAAUUAUUUUUAAAAUGUCACCUAAAAUAGGCAUAGAUUAAGAGUACAUGUACUUCCCACUUUUUCUUGCAGAGGCAAUUCUCAACCAAGAAAUAUGAAUAUUGUUACGGUAUAUGACAUUCAAAACAAGUUUAUUGGUAAGAAAGUGCAGCGCUAUUGUACUUAAUGAAAUUAAUUUAAAUGUUCGCUUAAAUUAUAGCCAACAGUCAAAGAGUAUCGAGAUCUUUAUUGUCUUACAAUAUUUUUUGUCAAAUAAAAUGGAUAUUAUAAUUUUUAAGAAAAUAAAAUUUCCUGAGUCUGGCUUUUCACUGACUUUGGCAACAUCCCAGGGGUCACCUAAGAGAAGUUUGGGUAACCUGGAUACGGAAAUGAGUGUUUAUAAAAACUGACCUGUUUCAAUUUUUUGAUGUCCGUACCACACAUGUAGACAUGUUCACUUCCAUGUUCACCCCCUGUUCAAGGCUUCUGGUUCAGAAAGACACUCUGUUCAAGAUGCAAGUGAAAUUGUAUACCCUGUUUAUGACUCAGGGCUCUGAAAGCCAUACUCUGUUUGGCCGCACAUGCCCAUUCAGCCCAAAUAAGUGACUGCCCCAUCCCCCUCACCCCCCAUCUAAGGUUUUCUCUAACCUUUUUAGCCCAAUGCCCUCUCUUUUCUCUUCAUGGCAACCUCCCCAUAACAAGUGAAAAGUUAAGCUAUCUGAUCAGAGCUCUCUGUAAUUUGUAGAUUUCUUUUAUUCAACAGCUUUUACAGGGACCUUCCAGGGAGUAAUUGAUGUCUUAUGUGAAUGGGGAAGCUUAUUUGUCAUAACAAUGGAAAAUAAGGUACCGGUAUACAUACUAACCAAUGAAAAAUCAGUGUUCUGUGCAUUUUAGCACUGCUUUAAUUGCACAUGAUAGUCAGGCCACUACUUCUCUAAUCCACAAACUCUGCAAAUGUUCAAAAUCGUAAGUUGUGACAGAUGCAGAAUAUUGUUUUUCUUUCAUUUUUAGAUUUUUCAGUUAGAAGAAAAGGACACGCAAACCAAACUAGAAAUUCUUUUCAAGAAGAACCUCUAUGCAAUGGCAAUCAGGUAA